CCCGGGACGCAGGGAGGAGGAGGGUGGCUCGACCCGGACUGCCCGCGGCGCCGCGCUCCUGCAAGCUCCUGUCCGGCCCCCGCAGGUGCCAUGACUCAGCAGCCCCAGGAGGGCUUCGACAGGAGCGUGGAGGAUGCCCGCCGGUGGAUGACGGCUGUGCAGGAGCGGCUGCAGAUCAAUGACAACACCCAGGGGCCCCGCACGGCGCUGGAGGCCAGGCUGCGGGAGACUGAGAAAAUAUGCCAGCUGGAGCCAGAGGGCCGCGUGAAGGUGGAUGUAGUGCUGCAGGCGGCCGAAGCCCUUCUGGCAUGCUGCCAUGAGGACCAGAAGACCGAGAUCCUGGCUCAGCUGAGAGACAUCAAGGCCCAGUGGGAGGAGACGGUCACCUACAUGACCCACUGUCACAGCCGGAUCGAGUGGGUGUGGCUGCACUGGAGCGAGUACCUGCGGGCCCGGGAUGAGUUCUGCCGCUGGUUCCAGAAGAUGACGGUGGCGCUCGCGCCCCCCGCGGAGCUGCAGCCCGGCCUGAAGGAGAAGCAGUGGCAACUGGACCACGCCCAGGUCCUGCUGCACAACGCGGGUCACCAGGCCGUGCUCCUGGACCGGCUCCUGGAGGAGGCGGCCUCCCUGUUCCACAGGAUCGGGGACCCCAGCGUGGACGACGCCGCCCAGCAGCGGAUGAAGGCUGAGUAUGACGCAGUGAAGGCCAAAGCCCAGGACAGAGUGGACCUGCUGGAGCAGGUGACCCGGGAGCAUGAGUGUUUCCAGGCGAGCGUGGACGAGUUCCAGCUGUGGCUGAAGGCGGUGGUGGAGCGGGUGCAUGGCUGCAUGGGGCGCAAGUGCCGGCUGAGCAUCCAGGACCGUCUCUCGGCGCUGCAGGGCAUUGCCAAUGAUUUUCCUAAGGGUGAGGAAUCCUUGAAGAGGCUGCAACAGCAGGCUGUGGGGGUCAUCCAGAACACCUCUCCUCUGGGUGCGGAGAAGAUCACCAGAGACCUAGAAGAGAUGCGGGACGUUCUGGAGAAGCUGCGUGGGCUCUGGGAGGAGGAGGAGGGCAGGUUGCGGGACCUGGUCAAGUCCAAGGGAGCCUGCGAGCAGCAGAGGGGGCGGCUGGAAGCCGAGCUGGCAGAGUUCAAGAAGGACCUUCAGAGACUGGCGGAGGAGGGCCUGGGGACCACGGCCAAGGCAGCAACCGAGGAUGAGCUGGUGGCCCGCUGGAGACUCAACUCGGCGACCCGGGCGGCCCUGGCCGCCGAGGAGCCGCGGGUGGACCGGCUGCAAGCCCAGCUGAAGGAGCUCCUCGUCUCCCCCCAGGACCCACAGCCACUCUCGGACAGCGUGGUCGCGGCCAUCCAGGAGUACCAGAGAAUGAAGGCCAAGAGCAGCAGACUGCGCAACGCCGUGGCCACGGAGCUAUGGCAGCGUUUCCAGCGGCACCUCCAGGACCUGCAGCUGUGGAGGGAGCUGGCCCAGAGACUCCUGGAUGUCACCGCCAGCCUGCCAGACCCGCCCUCCAUCCACACCUUCCUGCCGCAGAUCGAGGCGGCCCUGAUGGAGAGCUCCCGCCUGAAGGAGCAGCUGACGAUGCUGCAGCUGAAGAAAGACCUGCUGGGCAGCAUCUUCGGCCCGGAGAGAGCCACAGCCCUGCUGGAGCAGGUGGCGACUUCCGUGAGGGACAGAGACUUGCUGCACAACCACCUUCUGCAGAGGAAGAGCAAACUGCAGAGCUUACUUGCUCAGCACAAAGAUUUCGGGGCAACUUUCGAGCCUUUGCAGAAAAAGCUCUCAGACCUUCAAAUCCGGGUCCAAGCCGAGAAUGGGCUUCGGCGGGACCUUCCUGAGAAACAGGCCCAGCUUCUGAGGUUGCAGGGACUGCAGGAGGAGGGGAUGGACCUGGGGUCUCAGGUGGAGGCCAUGAGACCCGUCUUCCAGGGGAACCCUAACCACCAGCACAAAAUGGACCAGCUUUCCGCCGACCACCAGGCCCUGCAGAGGUCUCUGGAGGACCUCCUGGAAGGACGCCAGCAGAGCCUGCGGGAACAUUGCACCUUCAACCACGAGCUGCUGAAGCUGCGGCAGUGGAUCUCUGUGAUCACACAGAAGCUGGAGGCCCACUGUGGGGACACGGCCCCAUGGGAUGCCCAGUCCUGGGAGGCUGAGGUUGAGAGGCUGCUGGCUGAAUUCCCGGAGAAGGAAGCCCAGCUGCCCGUGAUGGAAGCACUCGGCCGGCUGGUGAUGGAGGCGUCUUCUCUGGAGGGGGCUGCUGUGGUCCAGGGGGAGCUGGAGGAGCUGACCGAGUCAUGGAAGGCCUUGAGGCAGCUGGAGGAGAGCCUGCUGAGCCUGAUCAGAAACCAGCAGCUGCAGAGGACGACGGAAGUGGAUUCAGGGAAGAAAAUGAUUUUCACCAACAAUAUCCCAAAGACUGGAUUUCUCAUCCUCCCCACAGAUCUUACUUCCCGGCAUCGCCGUCAGGCAGGUCUGCUCCGGGAGGAAGGAGGCAGCCUGGAGGGUUGCUCCCAGCCCCUGAGGAACUUUGAGCACUGGUUGCAGGAGGAAAAUUCCAAGCUGGUUCGAAUCAUCGCCAUGAAAACUGCCACUGCUGAGGACUUGAGGACCAGAGAAACAAAGCUACAGGAGCUGGAGGCUCGAAUACCAGAAGGUCAGCGUCUCUUCGAAAACCUCCUUCAUCUCAGGCCAGCCUGCAGCUCAUCGGACGAGCUAGAGGAUCUGCGCUACCGGUGGAUGCUCUACAAGUCCAAGCUCAAGGACUCCAGCCACCUGCUGACGCAGAGUCCUCCUGGGGAGCCGACUGGAUUCCGUAAGACCGCGCAGUGGCGAGGGCUCGGCUCUCUGUGCCGGAAGGUGUGCUGCGUGGCGCUCCCCCUGCAGCUGCUGCUGCUGCUCUUCCUGCUGCUGCUCUUCCUGCUCCCGGUCGGGGAAGAGAACCGCAGCUGCUUCCUGACCAACAACUUUGCCCGCUCCUUCAUGCUCAUGCUCCGCUACGACGGCCCCCCGCCCACCUAGCCCCCCUCCCCCCCACCGGGGGCGCUUGGGGGACGCUCUUCUCCAAACUUCCAGCAGCCCCAGCCUCCUCUGGAGGAUGCUGGGGGACCUGGAAACAGAGGCAGGCCAGAGCCCGCUGGGCUGCAUCCCUGUAAAUACUAUAUCGAUGUUCCCAGAACAAAAUUACUUUUUUAUAGAGUAUUGUCUCAGUCUAUUUAUACUAAAUGUGUACUAUGUGUGACUUAGGGGAUAAUGCAUAGCCAUCUUUUUUUAUAUGCUCAGUAUGUAUCAUUUCACAUAUGACCUCUAUUUGUCAUUGGGAAAAUUCCCAGCAGUGUUUUUGUCCAGUGGGAUCUUGUAGCAUUUUGGCCUUGGUCUGCAGUCAGCCCUGGAAAGCAGGGACAAGAACAUGUCACUUGUAUGGCCAUCUCCUAUCCAGAAACCAAGCCCCACGUCCAGAUGUUCGUGAAGAGGACUCUGAGCCGUUGACACAGAAGAACAGCCCUGGCCCUCACUCAGAGCCCAGGGACUCUUGGUCUGGGCACAGUCAGAGCAGCCGUGCUCAUCUAGACUUCAGAGUGACCGCAGACUAGAUGCUGUGGGUGAGAAGCAGAAAAGGGGCUGAUUCCGGGCUGGCCCAGGAGCAGCAGUGAAAAGUGGCAAGUGACUGAGUGAAAUUAAUGGAGGAAAGAAGAAUUCCAAAGAGCAGACCCAGAGCUAAGAAAGCACAGCAGAAGGGGGACUUCGGGGAGCUCCAGUAGCCCAGACCAGUGAGGAAGGCCCAUGGUCUGAGUCUUCAGGGAAUGGUUAGGCCAUGCUGCCCAUGUUCUCUGCUCUCUCCGGGAGACAAUGAAGGAGAAGGAGCUCAUUGUUAAGAUUCCCACGCAGAAGGGUAAGCACACUGUGUGUAGCACCCAGGUGCCUGACAGUGCUGGAAAGAUGUGUUACCUCCAUCGCACUGAGGCUGAGUUUUUCAUCAUCUACGGCUCCGGCUGAAGGGACAGAGGGAAGCAUCUGACCCACCAGGGACCAGAGAUCAGGGGUCCAAGACGGACAGGAGAGGUCAUCUGCAGGGCUCAGCCAGUCUGAAGGGUUCUCUCCUCCUCCCAGAAGGGACUUUGGAGAGAGCUGGGUCCUCUGGGCCAUGAAUGUCCCACACACGUGCCCACAAGGGACACAGGGUCCAGAUGCCCCAAACCAGGCCCUCUCUGUGAGGGCUUGGCAAUCGGGCUCAUGAGCUACUUGGGCCUUGAGGCUGGAAAUAUUGAAUUGGCCAAAAAGUUCAUUUGGGUUGUCUGUAACAUCUGAUGGAAAAACCUGAACGAACUUUUGGGCCACCCAAUACAUCCCUUCCUCCCCAGGGAGUUCUGGAACGGUUCCUAAGUGUUUCAUCACUGGAUCCUAUUUUCCCCAAAUCAACACUAAAGUUUCCUUUUUAAAAAUGCUUAGGGCCCACUCUUUAUACCGAUUGAUUUUGUCUGUUGAGCUACGCAUAGGAGACCAAGAGGGGAUUCCUCAGGCCUUUGAAAUCAGUGUCACAGACCCAGAAAGGCCUUUAAACAGAGGGGAAGCUGAAGACCCUGGAGGGCCCAGGCUCCCAGCACUGUGCCCCCCACCCCCACACUGCCCUCUGGGCCUCGCAGGCCCAGCCUGCUCAGGGCUCUCGGCGCAGUGACCCAGGCCUCCCUGUAACUGGGAAGAGCUGGACACUCACAGGGCAGGAAAACAGGGUCACAGAGAGGAACCCUCCAGGCUGACUUAGAACGCACAUUUUCCUCGAGAUGUUUAGAAACCAAGCCACAAGGCCAUUCUCCACGGGAAAAUCUGGGGCUGCAUGAACCAAGACCUCAGGCCCAGGCGGCUGAGCCCAGAUCCUCACUGGGUUGUGUCGUUCCAGCCUGAGAAGGUCAGCACUGUGGCGGGACCUUCGAACAUCUCCACGCAGACGGAGGCCCAGAGAGCGGAGGUAACUUACCCAGAGCCACACAGCGGUGGCGGCUAAGGCCAGAGCCGAUCCUGGUCACUGCUGCCUCUGGGUGGUGCCUGGCUCACUGUGGCCCCCCAUCAAAUCUGUAACUUCAAAAAGGCUCGAGUGACAUGAAUUCAGCUGGGUCACGUGUCCUACUUGUCAGGGAGGGAGAAACUGUAAUGUGUGGGCUGGCGGGAGGGAAUGAACUUAUAUUUUUAAAAACUUUGAUACCAUAGAGCUUGUUUGCAUAACUUUUUUUUAAAAAAAGAAUUGAUAUUUUCAUUACUUUCAUAUAAAGACAGUUGUGAUAUGACAUAACCAUUGUGAACUGGUGCUUCUCAAGUGUCAUCUCUUUUGCUUAAAAGUAGGUGCAGAUAAUUAUGAAUUUUAUGACGUUCUAGCUUCCUGAGGACCAACCUCGAAGUGCUUUCACGUGCCUUUUGAGAAGGGUGUCGCGGUGGGACCUUCGUGCAUUUAUUUUUUUCUGUCCCCCAGAGUGUGAGAGGUGGUAAGAUGUGUCAAGUUCACUGCCCAGCCCAGUGGUAUGUGUCUGUGUGUGUGUGUGAGCACACACGUGCAAUGUGUGUAAGAGACAGAGACAGGGAGAGAGAGAGGGGGGGAGAGAGAGAGAGAGAGACAAAGUGAUGGGGCUGGGUGGGGGUGAGAGAGAUGAGGAAGAUGAAGAAGAAGGGGGCAGAGGGAACGGGAGGGGAAGGAAGACAGAAACACAGGGGAGCCUGAUCAAAGCUGUCGUUACCCUCCUUAGCUGUCUCUUGAUCCCCUGAUGCGGGACUCCCUGCCCCCAGGGUGGCCUGGUCUGGGCCACGUGGGUGGGGUGGGGAGGGGAGAGGUCCCUGCCUGCUCUGUGAAUUCAUGGCUUCCUUUGAGGGUCUAUUAUCUGCAUGUCCCACUAGGGGCAACACAGUGACCUCCAGCAAGGCUCUCACAUCCCUGGCCUAGUCAGGAUUGUGCCCUAAUUCCUUCUCUCGUGGGAACUCAGCUACUGGAGUUGGGGCUUCCCCUGUUCCUCUCACUCCAAUCAGAUUGUCACCCGUCUGGGUCAGCAACAGGGGAGAGGUGAUGAGGCUGUGAGCGGUGGGCGCAGGUUCAGCAUGAAAUACAUGGGCAUCUACCCCUGUGCCUGCAUCCAUGGCAGACAUCAAUAAUCAACCACCAAUCCCUUCCCCUCCCCAAGGACCUCAAAGGACCUCACAGUCCUUCUCAAAACCAGUCCAGGCAGCUGCUGCCAAUCACUCACAUUUGUCAUGAAGGAAAAACCCGUUUAACAUCCUUGUACCUGAUCCUAGUCCCCUCAGAAAACUCUCAGUUCUGGCCUCCUUUUUCAUUUUAAAAUUAGGGUGUCCCCAAUCACUUCCUUUUAGUCUAGACCCUAGGGGAGACAAACCAACCCCAGAAAUCAGGUAAUGGGCUGAAUUAUCACAGAGGACUUUUUGAAAAAGCAGAUGGAGUAGGGAAUGCUAAAUUGCCAGUGUUUGUAUAGACUGUCUUGGUCCAACUUUUUGCUCAUUUUACAGAUGAGAAAACUGAGGUCCUGACAGCUCCUGCUCACCCAGUGAAUCCAGAGAAUUCGUUCACGAGGUGGGGGUCGAUCUCUGCACCCACUGGGUGACAGAGUGACCCUGCUCAGUACUGGGCAAGGUGGGGCGCUCUGGUGUUAAGAGCUUGUGACCUUUGGUGAGUCACUUGCCACCUCCCAGCAGCCCCUGGUAAAAGGGGAAAUUAACCCUGGAACAUCCCAUCCCUACUUGCAAUGUUAGAUAUUCUGGGAAGAUGAUGGUGGGCUUCUGUCUUGAGGCAGAAUCUCUAGAGUCAGUCACAGAUGUCAGAACCUCCUCUUCUACUGACUUGGACUUAAAUCAGGGGAUAUUGCUCAUCCCUCAUCCUGAGAAGUCAAGAGCUGGGAAGCUGUUGGCAUCAUUUCCUCACUUCAAGGAUUUUAGAAAUAAGGUUUCUGUGGCUCUCUUUUCUUUUCCUUAUGAUUACCUCAUGGCCCAAGAUGCUUGCUCUACCUCCAGAUUUUUCACCUGGAUUCCAGUUGGAAGAAGGGGAAAAAGAAGGCUAGAAAAUUUUCAGGAGCUUUCCCAGAAGCCCCAUCCAGACACUUCGUUAGCAUCUCAUAGUCAGAAUCAUGUAACAUGGUUCCUUGAUAUCUGCAAGAAGUCUGGAAAUAGAACCCCCAACAAAACCAGCAUCUCUUAGCAAGAAGGAGGGGUUACACUUCUGUUAGCAUCUCAUAGUCAGAAGCAUGUAACAUGGUUCCUUGAUAUCUGCAAGAAGUCUGGAAAUACAACCCCCAACAAAACGGGCAUCUCUUAGCAAGAAGGAGGGGUUGAGUGGAUUGGCGUAUCACGUAGGUGUCUCUGUCCUAGUCAUCUUGACCCUCUGUGUCUUGGUUUCAUGCUCUGUCAGCAGAACUCAGGGGCAUUCAUCAUUGAGGAGUGAGAAUGACCUUACCAACACUGCCCCCCACCUGCCUCCCCCAGUGACGGGGGUCCCUGAGUCCUUCGAGUCCCUCCCCCUUCAUGAGGCAUCGUAGCUUUUUCCUCUGUACUCAGGACACUCCUAGACCCACUUUCUUGCAAAUAAAUCAAGUGCACUUCUUGACCAGAGUGUGUGCAAAGGCAGUCCCCCAAGCCCCCACCCCAUCCUGUCUGUGUAGACCCAGGGAUAAGCUUUGUAACACUUGUGUUUGAAUUCAGCCCAGGAAAUUUAUAGUUGCUUUAAUUUCUUCUGGAACAUGAGUUACUCCUGGGCACAGAUCCUGGAAAGAGAAGCUUUCUGAGCUUUUCCAGGCUUCCCCCCACCCCCCAUUUUCCAGCUAAGCCCCCAAAAGAGAACGUCGGAGGACACACAGCCCAGGUGGCUCCCAGCAUCCGCCUGACGGAGCCCACGCGCCUGCAGCAGAGGGGCAGAUUCAAAAGACUUAGACCAUUUCUCCCUCACUUUCAAUUAUAAGAGAAAGGUCUUCUGUUUGUCAAAGUGAGAAAAAGGGGAAAUCGUUUUUUUUAAAAAGAAAGAGACAAAAGCUCACCGGUCUAAAAACAGAUCUUCAGGCAGAGCACCCAGAGCCUUCGAGAAUAGUCAGCCUAUUCAGCAUCCUUCGGUGCCUGCCUUUUGGUUGUCCUGGUAACGGGACAGCUGCUUACGGGUUGGUACCCAAGCACCUUGUCCAGACAGGAUCCUACAGGAAUCCUACAGAGGGACCUCAGUUUUCCCAAAAGGCCCCAGGCUUCCUUUCAGGAAAGUUUACUUCUAAGCUCGGCAACCAGAGCUCAGGGAGGCAGCCCUUCUUCCUGUUCUGAUGGAAAUGAAAGGGAAGGAACAAACUGGGGAUCUGCAAGUGAACCCUGACUUCUUCCGAAAGCCCAUGGCAUGAAAUCCUGGUCUUGUUUUUAGGUAAUGAAACUGGAGCACCGAGAGGUUAGCAGCCUGCCUAAAAGUAACCAGCUAGGGGUGAGUGGUCGAGUUGGGACUUGCACAUGGGUGAUAGGCUCCAGGCUUCUCUUCAGCCUCAGCUGCUUUUCUUUCCUUGGCAGGCCUGGGUUGCUGCAGCUUUGGCAGCCGGUUUGCUAGUUGAAGGGCUUCCCAGGUGGCUCAGCUGUAACAAAUCCAUCAGCCAAUGCAGGAGACGCAGGAGACGUAGGUUCAAUCCCUGGGAUGGGAAGAUCCCCUGAGAAGACAAUGGCAACCCACUCCAGUAUUCUUGCCUGGGAAAUCCCAUGGACGGAGGAGCCUGGUGGGCUACAGUCCAUGGGGUCACAAAGAGUUGGACACAACUGAGCGCGUGUUCACGGUGGCUAGUUGAGGGUAAUGUCCCAGAGCAGAACUUCUUUCUGAUGUCCACUCCCCCAGGGAGCCGGCAACACCAGAGUGACGUGCCGGGAGACGGAGGCAGGGUGCUUCUCUUCCCUGGAAAAAUGGAAACAGACCACCUCUGCAGGGUAGCUGGAGGGCAGGGUCGGCUUUGAGCUGUGGCUGCCUGUUGGGCUGUUCUGAUUCCGUCUACUGGGGGGAAGAGAGAGGCGUUUUCUCUGCAAAACAGUGGCCUUGCAUGUUCUAGGAGUUUCAUGGGUGAGGAAGAAAUGGAUAGAGGAAGUUUUGCGUGAAUGUGGUAUGUGUGUGUACACGUGUGUGUCUGGGGGGGCAGGAAUGGGUGUGUUCUACACACUCCUCUCCACCCAGAAGCACAGCGGCGCAGCCCUUGUUUCCAUCCCUGGGCUGGUGGACAACAGACCCACCAGUCCGUGGUCUCUGGGACCCUCAGGGUGACCACGCUGGAGCCAGGACGUGUCCCCUGAUUCCAGCAUUUUAUGCCCUCUUGAGGGGAGCCACCGGCUGGUCUCCACACGAAGGGGAGGUCAGCUGACCCCUGAGGUCUCUGCCUUCUGAAAAACUCCCUGAGGCUGGUUUGGAAACGUCCCUUUCCCUUUUAUUGGACUGGCGCACAACCUGCUCGGAGAGGAGGACUUCAUUCACUGGGUCCUAGUUUGCCCAUUUCUAUCUUACUCUGUGUGUCUCUGUGUCUAUUAGAAACCCGUGAUGUUCAAGGAGGCUAAAAACAACAAGAAAUAAUCAUCGAACAGCUUGAGAAUGCUGGCUUCUGUCUGUUUUUCUGCUCUCAACCACUAUUUCUUAAAACAUAUAUGAUCUCAAUGCAUGUGGAUGAGGAAUGACUAACUCUGCGUUCUCUUUUCAAUUAUGUUUGAUUUUUUGUAGGACUCCUCUGAGGAAGGAUCAGCUUUGAUUCUUUUCAUUUGCUUAUGUAUAUUCAUUCCAUGUUUUCUUCCAGGAAAGGUUUAAAGCAAGAUUUGAGUGUAUACAUGGUUAACACGGUCAUUGUAGGGCUAGCAGUAACCUGUUUAUUGAGUGUACAAUCUAUUUUUAACCAAUAAAUGGACUGGCUAAUUUUUUAGAGAACGUAUCCAGGAUCCAAAUGAAGGAAGGAAGAAACCAGUGGCUGUUCAUAGGAUAUGUUGAGCACCUAAGAUGACAGAAGCAGGAAAAAUGGCAAGUUUCUAGUAUGAGCUUUGGAGGUAUCACUAUCCCCCACCCGCCCAUUUCAGAAGACCAACCCUCUCAUCCCCAAACACAUGAGCCUGAUAGAUUUGUUAAUUUCUCUUGUCCCACUCUCCCAAGUCGGGGCUCGGGAACCAGAAGGUCCCACACGUUCCCGGAACCCCACGUGGAGGCAUCGCCACCUUCCUGCAGUUGGUCCACCAUCAGUCAAGUCCACAGAGGCAAAAAUCAGCCCAUCCUUGCCCUUGAGACCCAGUGACGCUAGCCUAGUACCGACCAGCUAUUCAUGUGGCUGGACUGGUCUGGUUAAUGCAGGGUGAGCCAGGUGAGGGCACGGUCAGCUGUGUGUGUGUGUAGGUGUGGUGUCCGUGGGUUUCGUCGUCAAAAGCAAACUAACUUGUUAUCGUUGUUUAAAAUGUCCUACUAUGUAAACAGUAGGCAUGGGGACCAUAUUCACUCCUGUCCUAUUAUUUGUGCUGGUGAAACACACAUUUGUAACAAAUUAAGCUUUCUGGGAAGGCAAGCAGAGGGGGAGCCCAGUGACUGCCUUGGAACAUGUGUGUCUUAUCUCGGUUCAUAUCAAGUCCAAAAGCAGCCAAGAGCCUCCCCUGCCUUCCCUGCUGGGGACCGGGACGGACUCCAGGGCCCUUGGAAUUUCUCCUCUGUGCUCCGUUUUAAAGUCGCGUGAAGCUUCCGUCCUCUUCCUGUUGUUCAAGUUGGAAACGGCCGUGUCCUCAAAGAUGGCUCGACAUCUUGGCGGUUGCUUUAUGUUUCCUGCAAUGUAUCCGCCUUAUGUUUGGAAAUAAAAAUAUCUAUUUUGGUCUAUGAA